UUUGGAGUCACUAAACUGAGUAAAUAAGGGCCCUCAACAAUGACAUUCACUCAGCCAUCAAUCCUAUAAGCAUAGUCCAUGAACCUUCUUCCGACCUCGUAGGAAGCUCACUAGGAAAUUAAGAUACACAACGAGCUAGCUAGGAGCUUAUGCUCUUAACAUAUUAAAUGUCCGCCAUGAGAAUUCAGUCGAUCACCAUCCAUGGCUGCAAAUAAUCCCAGUGCAAACAUGCUUGAUGGGAGUUUUAGAUCAUUGGACUCACCUGACAGUGAUGAUUUCUCAAACCACCUAAUUAACUUUGAGCUUUCUGAUAUUCUCGAAAUAGAUAAUUGGCCCAUUCAACAAGAUCCGACACUCAUACCCCAGUACUCAAAUUAUGCAGCAAACCAAGUGGUUAACACCAGCAGUUACCAGGAAGAACCUAGCAACAACAUUGGAAGCAGCAGCAGCAAGAGGAAAGAAGUAAAGGACAAGGUUGCUUUCAGAACGCUAUCACAGAUUGAAAUACUAGACGAUGGCUAUAAGUGGAGAAAGUAUGGAAAGAAGAUGGUGAAAAAUAGUCCCAACCCGAGGAAUUACUAUAGGUGCUCCGUAGAAGGUUGUCCAGUGAAGAAGAGAGUUGAACGAGACAAAGAGGACUCUCGGUAUGUGAUAACCACCUACGAGGGUGUCCACAACCAUCAAGGUCUAUCCCCAUUCUGAUUCCUGUAACAGAGCUCGAGUUUGAAAGUUACUAUGACUCUUGCACGGUAGCUAGCUAAAUCAGGGUUCUACUGCCAGUAAAUUGAAUCCUGACAGCUUGGCGAGUUCAUAACCAAACAUUGUGGGGUGGUCAGACGGAGGCAUCGAUCUGUAACUUAAAAGUAAUCGUUAGAACAUUUCGUGCCCUUCAGUUGGCAUGUAGUCUUAUCCUGCUUCCUACAUGAUUUAUAUAUCCUACAGCACUAUCAACUAA